GUGGUUGAUGAUGAUUCUGCUUCAAAGAUCGAAGGAAAUAAACUAGUUUUGAAAUCUGUGAAGGAUGAAGACUUUGGCACCUAUGUGUGCAAUGCUACUAAUAGUGAGGGGACUGUUACUUUCACGACGAGCAGAUAUGAAGUGAAGGAAUGUUCUGCCGCAGGUGACCCAAGGCAGCAAGAACCAAACCCAACAAUGAAUGUAAUGUAUUUCAUACUUCCUUUGCUAUCGAUUAUCGUUGUUAUGGUGAUAUGCAUCGUCUACCUGAUUUGUCUAUUACGAAGAAAUAGAGAAAAUAAUGAAGGGCAAAACGUAAUGGCUGACGCCAAUGAUAACGAAGCACUCGAGAGUGACGUCAUCCAGUCAAGCAGUGGCGUCGUAACUAACCCUCUCAAACCACCAGAGCAAGUGAUCCAAGAUGAGAGUCAAAGUGUACAACAUUACGCGCAAUUAGGCCAAACGCCAGGCGGUACUAGUACUGUUUAUGRGACGUUAGACGACGCUGCGAGGGCAGCGAAAGUGGAAGCGAAUAAGCAAACAAAAACGGCAGAGUACAUGGAGCUGCAAACCGUGAAACAGCCUGCGUAUGAAUCAUUACAUCGCGGUGAAGAAAGCCAAGCUGCCGCCCAACACUAUGAAAAAAUACCAGGGUAUGAGAAUCUGGCAAAGAAAAGCAGCUACGCUUAGAGCRCGUUGUUAAUUGUCGAUCGAAACCUAGCUGUUCAAAAGUAUUGUCUUUUUCCAUAAAAACGUAGUGGUUCGAAGRAAUAUGAUUAUAGACUGCGUUGCUUGGUGGUCAGCGGUGUUUCGACUCUCUCUUCUCAACUCCGCAAACCGCCAAGAAACGCGGGCUAACUGAAAUGAAGUGUAAUCCUAGACGUCUUAGUUUUCGGUUUUCGACUCWAAAAAAGUGAAAUACAAGAUACUUUGGACCGGGCUACGAGUAGGAAACCUACGGAUGACGUCAAACGCAAAAAUGCGCAUCUGCUUUAAGCUAAUUUGCAUUAUUUUAAAAAUAGUUUCACGCCAUUCAUUAAUCUGUUUUCAGU